AUGUUUCUUAAAAAAACUCCCUUUUCUUUCUUAUAUGAAAUAGGAUAUGCAGAUAAGACCGAAAGAAAUAUAAAUGACAUAAGGAGAAAUAAUAAUUUAGAUCUUUAUGAAAACAUAAAAGAAUAUAAUGUUCCAGAAUUAGGAAACUUUCGAAUAGUAAAUAUUUUAUUAAAAGGUUUUUCUAGUACUGUAUGCUUAUGUCAAUGGGUUCUUGAUUUAAAUAAAACAUUAAUUUUAUGUGAUUAUGUAAGAUAUAUAAAUAGAAAUAUUUUAAAUGAUAAUAUACAAAUCGUUAAUAGCAACAACCUGGAAAGCAAUGAAGGCAUUUAUUCUUUAUGGAAUGAUACAACAAAUAUAAAAUCAAAGACAAAUGUGAAUACAUCUAUUUAUCCUAAUAUUUAUAAUAAUCCAUAUGUAAAUAUCAAUAUGGAUAUACAAAAAUAUAAUGUCAAUAAUUUAAAUCAAGAGUUUGAAGAAGUAGAUGAUUUAUAUCCAAUGGAGAAAACAAAUAUAUUAUAUAACAAAAUAAUAAAUGUAAAUAAUAAAUUCGAAGGAUAUAUAGACAAAAGAGAGGAUAUAAAUGAAAUAUCUCAUAUGGAUAUGAUUACACAUAAUGAUAUUAUAACAAAUAAUGAAAUUGCAAAUUAUUAUAAUAGAAUUGAUGAGUCAUAUAAUAUUAUGACAAGAAAAAAAGAUACAUAUAAUAUACAAAUAAUGAAUUUGGUUUUAAAAAUAAAACAUAAAGGAUUACAUUAUAAAAUAAAUGAAAUAGAACAAUUAAGAGAAGAAAUUGAAAUACAUAAAGAUUUAAAACAUACAAAUAUUCUUCAAAUAAUAUUAUGUGCAGAAGAUGAAAAUGAUAUAUGGAUAUUCUUAGAAUAUUCAUCAAUAGGAACAUUAUAUUCAUAUGUAGGUUUUAAUAUUUUACAAGAAAAACAAGUACAAAUAAUUAUAUGCCAAAUUUUAUAUGCCUUAUAUUAUUUACAUAUUAAAGGUAUUAUUCAUUGUGAUAUUAAACCACAAAAUUUAUUAUUAUUCAAUUUUGAUCAAUCCAUUUGUAUACAAAAUAAUUUCUUAUUAUAUGACGAUACAUUAAAACAUCUUAAUAUGAAAAAAUUAAAUUUUAAAAAAUUAUUCAAUAAUAAUAAUAAUAAUAAUAAUGACAAUAAUACAAGCCAAACAAAUCAUGUAUUUAAUAGCAUUGUCAAAAUAUGUGAUUUUGGUUUAUCUGUUAAAUGUGGAUUCAAUGAAUUUUUUCCAUAUAGAGGAAUAAAAGGAAGUUAUGGAUUUAUAGCACCAGAAUUGUUUCAUGAAUGUAAUUUUAAUAAUAAAAUUGAUAUGUGGGCAUUGGGCAUCGUCACUUUUAUACUUUUAGGAGGAUAUAGGCCCUUUUACCCUUGUUCAAAUUUUCAGGAAAAAGUAACUUUUCAUGAAAGAUAUUGGUUUAACAUAUCAUCAGAAGCGAAAGAUUUUAUUCAGUGCUUAUUACAAAUAAAUCCAGAAAAAAGAUUAAAUGUAAUUGAGGCCAUAGAACAUCCAUGGGUAAAAGAUUAUUUCAUGAACUCAUAG